AACUUUGUAUACAAAUGCAAGUGCUGAAAUAAAGUUUUCUUAAAUCCGCAGCCAUGUCGCUCAAGAAAACCUCGUCAAUUAGCAUGACUAUUAACCAAAACACUUCGUUUGUUUCGCGUACCAAUAGUCAGACUUUCAUGCUUGAAUCUUUCGAGGAAUUACUGGAUUUGUAUCCUCUUGUAAGCAAUGAGCUAUUGGCGAUUCCACCAGUGAGGUCCUCCAGCAGUGGUGGUUCCAAUUUGCUGCAAAGUUUAAUGGCCAGCGGAUGUUCGCAACUAAUGACGCAGGAGCUCCCAACACCCGACGGAUCCUAUCUCAACAAUAACUUGCAGCUUGCUAGCAAUUCUGGAACCCUGGCCAAUAAUAAUUCCAUUUCCAAAACAUCUUUCAAAGUCAUAAAAAAGUGCACAGAUUCCGAGGAUGAAAUCCAGGUGACCAACGAAGCAUCCUUGGGAUCGGCCGAUUCCACGGUGGAGGAUGUGCCGGCGGAUAUUGAUCAGGCGGUGGUGGGAACAGCUGAACUGUGGGUACCAGAGCAAAGGACUACUGAGCCCAUGGCGUUUCUGCAGGGAUUAAACUCCGAGAAUCUGAUGCAGUUCAGCCAGCAAUCCGUGCUGCGGGAGAUGAUGCUGCAGGAUCUGCAGAGCCAGGUGAACACGUUGCCCAAGCUGGAGAAUCACAACAUCGGUGGCUAUAAUUUCAGCAUGGUUCUAGACGAGCCGCCAAAGUCGCACUGGAUGUUCUCGGUGAAGCUAAACAAGCUCUACAUUCGCAUGGACAAGACCUUCAACGUGGACGUUCAGUUCAAGGCGAAGAUGCCCAUACAGCCACUCAAUCUACGUGUGUUUCUCUGCUUCUCCAAAGAUGUCAGCGGACCUGUGCUGCGAUGCCAAAAUCACCUCAGCGUGGAGCCCGUGACCAGUCAAAACAUAAAGGUGCGCGAAAGCUUGCUGCGCUGUGAGAAUCCCAAUAGCAUGUACUGCGGAACUGCUCAGGGCAAGGGCAUUUCGGAACGUUAUUCCGUGCUGAUUCCCCUGAACAUGUGUCGAUCUGGCAACCGGAGCGGUGGCUACGUACGCCAAACCCUGGCCUUCAAGUUUGUCUGCCAAAAUUCUUGUAUUGGCCGAAAGGAAACCUGCUUGGUAUUUUGUCUGGAGAACACAAGUGGCGAUAUUGUGGGACAGCAGGUUAUGGAAGUCAAAAUCUGCACGUGCCCAAAACGUGACCGUAACCAAGACGAACGCCAAAUGAAUGGUGGCAAGAAACGCAAGUCCGUAGCGGCCGACGCCACGGAUGAAGAUGAGCCGGAUGUAAAACCUUCAAAGUUGCGUCGGCGCACAGGGUCGUAUAAGAAUGAUAUAAAGAAGGAGGAGACCGAGAGCAAUGACAGCCACGAGGUGGAGACCAUCACAGAUUGGAAAGUGUCAUAUAAUAAUGGCGAGUACAGUUUGGCCAUUACCUGCCCCAAAAAGGAAUGCCUACUGCAGAGCAUUGAGGGCAUGAUCAAGGAGGCGGCUGCAGAAGUGCUCAGAAAUCCAGACCAUGAGGGUUUACGUCGACAUGCCAAGAAGCUGUUGGCACUCAAGAAUUGUGCCUAUAAGCUGCCUUGACGUUUGAGUUUUUUUUACUUUUUUUAUAACUCUAUUCUUAGAAUUAUCAGACACCUUUGAAAAGUGUUGCAACUGUGAGGUAUAGUUAUAAAUCUCUUAAGUUUGUAUUAAUCUCUGUUUGUUAGGCGUUCAAAAGUGAUAUUCCCAUGGUAUGUGUGCAUAAGCCAAAAUGAAAACAGUUUCAUAUUUUUGAUAACAUUAUACUGCUGUUAAUUAAAAUUAAGAAAGGAAAACAAAGUUAUGUGUUACACAAAGAAUGAAUUAUCCAUACUCUGUACAAAUAAGCCAAUAGUAAAGUAAUUAAAGAGUUGCCAUGUUUUUAAAGCAGA